GCGCAUAAUCGGAGCCAGGGCCUGGCUUUUCUAUUGUGUCUGUCUGUGUGUGUUGUGUUUGUUUAUCUGAGUAGCCGGCUGGAUUUGGAGCCAAAGCACACAGAUGAUGGAUAGUGAGCGGAUGAGUUUGUCUCACUGGCCUCUCUAAGUCGGGACAGCAGCGCCGCUGUGGAUUACUUUCUCCCUGAUUGGUCUUCAGUGUCUGUGGUAUCAAACCAGAGACCCUGAAAUAGCCAGCGAACAAGAAGACCCACAGAGGGGGGUCAGGAAGCGAGUUCGGCGUGGCUCGAGCGUUGGUCUGCAGCAGUUUGCUUCACGCCAAUCCUCCAACAAGACGUCCACAAGACGACAGCAGAUAACGAUGGAAGGAACCACAACCCUCUGGCUGUUUCUCCUCCUCGGUCAACUGCCAAUCUGUCCCACCGACGCAGACCAAGACCUUUCAGCCAUCCCGUCGUACUCGUCCCAGGCAGAAGACCUUGCCGGCAGCACGACCGCUGCCAUGGAGCCCGACCGCACGACGACCGACGGCGACAUCGCCAACGGCACCCGGGCCGACUGCCUGAUCGACACGGAGAUGGGCCUGAUCGCUCUGGGUUCGGCAGGGGGAUUGAUCGUCUGCUUGCUGAUUACCACGGGGAUACUGGCGUGCCAGGUCUGCCAGCUCCAGCGUCGCGUUAACCUGCCUCGAUCCUCCCGGUCCAACAUGGACUUGGUGAGCAGUGCGGGCUACUGGGGCGCGGACCAGCAGGAAGUGGUGGGACUCGUUGGUCCGUGUGACGCCAGCGUCGUACUCGAGGAAGUGACGGCAGACAGCAAAACCGAGGAGGAUCGGGAGGAUGAAGAACGAGAGGCGAUGGAGAUGGAGGAGGCUGGAGAAGGACUUCUGAAGGGGGCGGCGGCGGCAGAGGCUUUCCAACCGGAGGAGGUCAGCCUGUUGGAGACCUCCAGGGACUCCUGCUUGGUGAUCCCCCGGGAUUUAGAGGACAUGCCGCUUGUGGUGUGAGCAGGUAGCGCGCAUCUGAAUCAACGCCAGCCCAAGGCUUCAACUUCUCCUCUCAGCUGAUCUGUUAUAUUUUAACUUGGCAAGUUUCAUUUAUUGCACCUCCAUUUUAUUUGAUCUCAAAGAGUUCAACUUUCACAACGCUGUUUGACAGUACGCGUCUAAACUCUCCCCCAGGUUAAUGCCAGGUAAGACAUGUUUGCUGAAAGCACUAAAUUUGGUCAUAAAACAAGAAUUCUGAGAUAAACGGAGGAGAGAAUCAUUUUUUAAAAUGUCCAACCAAAAACGAGAAGUUCAACACCGUUUUGAAUUUUCAUACCUGGAGCUUCUCAAUCCUGCUUCUGAAGCAUCUGUAGCCGUGAUAAUGAUUUAUUGGUGAUAUUCAAGGAACAAGAUUGAAAAGUACUGCUCUUAGAUGUUUAAUUAUCCAUUUCUGAAUUUGAAAAUAUGUGAUGCAAAACAAUGACGGUCAUAAAGCUGUGCUCAAUAAUAAUAAUCCAUCUGUGUUAAGCUUUGCUUCUGUCAGCGUAUUGUCUAUUGGAUCUUUUGAAUUAUCUUUUAAAUGUACUACACAAUUCUGAAUAGCACUGGUAUUAAAUAACUCCUGUAUCGCCGGAUUUUGAAUAAAGAAAAGUA